AUGUGGUUGUUUCUCUUAGCAGCUGCUGUGGCUGGAUCCACUGGUUUUGCCACAAAGCACUUCCUCAAUCCCAGAAACACUGUUGAGAAUGACAAUCUCAACGAUCCAAAUGCUUAUGCUUUUUAUGAAUCUGGGUUAGGAAACAAUUCCCAGAAACGCGACGAGGACGGUGUCUUCACGUUUUCCAGUUCCCAAUCUCUGAAACAAAUUGGGGCUAAAUCUCGGUCUAAGAAACCCCGAGGCUCCAAGAAUGGAGUUAGGGUUCAAAAGGUUGAGCAGAGAUUACCCCUUUGCUUGAAGAAGAGGAAAACUACCAAGAAUGUAGCUGCAAGAAUUUCGAUUUUUGGGAAGUAUCAUGGUUCCAAAGAUAACUCCUUAUUUGGUUGGGGACUUAGCUUUGGCAUCAUGUAUAUGAUGUCAGCUGGAAAAGCUGAGAUCAAUAAGCUGAACAUGACCGUGGAUGAGACAGCUAAACUUGUUCAGGAACUAAAAUCUGAGCUCAACAGAAGGAAAUCAUCAUGUGCUCAUCAAAUUUUAGAUUCUGUUGCCAAUAACGAUAUGAACUCUCGCAAAAUGAGUGGCAGGCAUGGAGUAAUGCUCAAGGAGACAAACAGCAAGCUCAGAGACACUGAUGUGAAAAUUUGGAGUCCUUCUGUAAAUGACUGUGGUGAAUGUGGAAGUAGUGCUCUUACUGAAGAACCAGAACCACGGGUUUUGGAAAUGGAUCAACUAGAAGCAGAACUUGAGUUUGAACUCCAAAAGCUUUCUGGGUGUACUAUUGAUAGUCCUUGCCAUGAAGAAAUUAGGCCAAAAUUAGACCAGCUUGAAGCUCCAGAUGAAGGCUGUCAUGGAACAGACGACUGGAAUUUCAACCAUUCUCAAUCCCAUGGAGUGUUGGCAUCCGAACUAAAUCAGAAAUUAAGCCACUUGCUGAUAAAACAGCAGGAAAACCAGAUCAUGGAGCUAGAAUCUGAACUGCACCAGGCUCAAUCUAAUCUGCAUGAGAAGGAAGCUGAACUCCAGGAACUAAAGGAAUGUGUCAGACACCUUACCGAGCUCUCACUAUCCACAGUUUCAGAUGAUGAAACUCAGGCCCUCACUGAUCCAAGGGGAACCGACGAUUGGGACAACAAUAAUAUGAAGUCUGAGCCGAAGCAAUCAGUAGUUGGGGCAAAAAGACCUAUUGAUUAUGAUUCUUGUUCAUGUUACAUGUGA